AUGGCUGACGAACUCAAAGCGUUGGGCAACAAAGCCAUUGCGGAAAAGAACUUUGAUGAAGCAAUUACCAAGUUCUCCGAAGCCAUAGCGAUUGAACCAGCUAACCACAUUCUCUACUCAAAUCGCUCUGCCGCAUACGCAUCAAAGAAAGAUUAUGACAAGGCUCUAGCAGAUGCUGAGAAAGUAACAGAGAUUCACCCUGAUUGGGCUAAAGGAUGGGGUCGUGUAGGUGCUGCUAAGCAUGGAGCUGGGGAUUUGACAGGUGCCCUCGAGGCUUACGAAAAAGGGUUACAACUGGACCCAAACAAUGCUCAGAACAAAUCAGGACUGGCAAGUGUUAAACGUGCUCUGGAAACAGAAACUAAAGGUGACUUAGGUAGUAGCCCGGGUGGGGGCUUAGGCUCCAUUUUCAACGACCCAAUGCUCUAUCAAAAGCUUGCUGCCAACCCUAAGACUAGCAAACUUCUUGCUGAUCCAAGCUUCAUGGCAAAAUUAAACAACAUGAAAAAUAAUCCAAACUCCUCGCAAGAUAUGUUCACUGACCCCCGGAUGAUACAGGUUCUAGGUGCUUUAAUGGGUGUGGAUAUGUCAAUGAUGAACGGGGAUGAUGCCAUGCCUGAGGAUGGGUCAGCUGUAGUUGGUGAUAAAGAUACACCUAUGACUGAUGCGAAGCUAUCGGAACCGAAAGAGCCAGAGAUUAAUUCUAUGGACGUUGAAACAGAUGAGAAAGCCAAAGCUAAGGCUGCCGCCGAUAAAGAAAAAACUAUUGCUCACUAUACUAAGGCUUGGGAGCUCUGCAAAGAUAUUGUCUAUCUUAACAAUGUUGGGGCAGUACACUUCGAAAAAGGUGAUUAUGAUUCAUCAAUCAAGGUUUGCGAACAGGCCAUUGAAGAGGGUCGUGAGAUUUACGCUGAUUUCAAAAUGAUCGCCAAAUCAUAUGCUCGAAUCGGUUAUGCAUAUGAGAAAAAAGGGGAUUUUGACAACGCUAUAGUCAAUUACAAGAAAUCCCUGACGGAGCACCGUACACCAGACACUGUAAACAAACUUCGAAGUGCAGAAAAGAAAAAGAUAGAGAUGUCACGAGAAGCAUAUAUCGAUCCCGAGAAAGCUGAGGAAGCUCGUGAGACCGGAAAUACUAAAUUCAAAGAGUCUGACUGGCCAGGUGCGGUCGAAGCAUAUUCUGAGAUGAUCAAGCGUGCACCUGAAGAUCCCCGUGGUUACUCAAACCGUGCAGCUGCUUUUAUGAAGCUGCUUGAAUUCCCUUCGGCAAUUGAGGAUUGUGACAAAGCUAUUAAGAAGGAUCCAAAAUUCAUCCGAGCAUACCUGCGAAAGGCACAAGCCUAUUUCGGCAUGCGUGAAUACUCUAAAUGCCUCGAUAUAUGUACCGAGGCUGCUGAAGUUGAUGUUAACAAGGCUAAUACUAGAGAAAUUGAUGCACAACAGCAGAAGGCCCUGCAGGCUAUGUAUAGUGCACGAGAAAAUGAGACAGAGGAACAAACAAAAGAGCGAAUCCAGCGGGAUCCGGCGAUAUUAGAGAUUAUGCAAGAUCCAAUUAUGCAGAGCAUUCUUCAGCAAGCACAGAGUGAUCCUGCAGCCUUACAGGAACAUAUGAGAAAUCCAGGGAUUAAAAGUAAAAUCCAGAAGCUAGUGGCAGGUUGGUAA